GUAGGACUGCAGUUGAUUAUGCUAUGUUUCGAGGUCACAUGUCAACAGCUGGUUGUUUGGUGUUGGCAACUCAAAGAGUUGAAGAUGUUACAGUUAAGCAUCGUCUUCCUCUGUUGUAUUGGGCAUGUAAGAACAAGAGAGAUGAUGUGAUAAAAGCAAUUGUUAAGCUGGGAACAGAAGUCAAGGAUGACUGGGAACGAACUUUACUUCACUAUGCUGCUCGGUAUGACAGUCGUGAUGUGGUUGAGCUUCUCUUGGCCAACAAGGCAGAUGCUGAUGCUUCAGACAAGCAUGGUGUCAAGCCUUUUGAUUUUGCCAUCAGUAAUGGUCACAUGUCAAUUGCUGUUCAGUUGUUUUCAUUAAUGCAGUCAGUUGAAGAUCUUGUACUUGAGAAUGUGUGUAAGCUGCUGCAGUGGGCAUGUAGCAAUGAAGAAAUGGAUGUUGCAAGGAAGAUUGCACAGAAGUUUUUUCACGCAGUGGAGGAGGAGUCUGGUCGCACUUUACUUCACUUUGCUGCUCAACUUGGUCAUCGUGAUGCAGUCAACUAUCUGUUGGAGAAGAAGGCAGAUGCAGAUGCUAAAGAUAAGGAUGGUAAGAGACCAUACCAACUGGCUGAUGGUGAACUGAGAAGACGACUAAGGAAAGCAAUAGAUGAACAGAAGUAUGCUGUUCUGUUUGCUGAAGGCACAGUGAGACCAGAAAUCAUCAAGUUGUGUUACAUCGGUUCAGAAGGAGCAGGAAAGACGACACUCAUGGAGGCUCUCAAACGAGGAUGGUUCAAACGAAUUUUCACAAACGAGAAUCAAGCAGACGACCCGUAUUGUGAAGAGGAACGUACAAUUGGUAUCAACGUGAUGACAGCCAAUAUUCCAGGAGUGGGUCGUGUUUCACUGUGGGACCACGCAGGUCAAAAGCAGUUCCACAAAACCCACGGCCUCUUCUUCUCUCCAUCCAACUCGUUCUUCAUCUUGCUAGUGAGUCUAGUGAGAGGAAAGGAGAGACGACUGUGCAGCGUUGAGGAGUUGCGAGACGAGCUUCAGUACUGGCUCUCAUUUCUCAGAUCCAGUUUGGAUUGA